AUGGAUCCACCACCAAAGAGGAUGAGGAUGGACACCAUUCGGGGUCUCCCCGACAUGGGACAUAUGACUGGCGGCGGCUCGCCUCCUUUCGUUCGUCCUAGUGUUGAUCAGGGCCAUAUCGAACAGGUAGAUCCCAGGAUUCCGAAGCAGAGAACAUGGUCCCGCGCAUCCUCCGCCUGCCAGACAUGUCGUGGGCGGAAGACAAAAUGCGAUAACGAUCGCCCGAUAUGCGGCUAUUGCAGGAGAGUCGGCGCAACAUGUACUUACAUAGAAGACUCGACCCCGGCUAUGUCAUUGUGCCAAAGCGUGGGCCCGCGGCUCCUCGGUGCAAUAGAAAACCUGACCAACCUUAUCCAACGCAAUGAGGAGAAUUUCCGCGCUAUCCCUCAGCUGAGCCGCGACCUGUCCCGUGACUCUAGCGAUUAUCCAGACAGUCCAACCGGCCAGGGUGGGCGUCACGAGAACCUUCUACCUGGUCAAGAUGGCAGUGGCUUUGAUGGACACAGAACCGGGCAACUUUCGCUUUCGGACACUGCCGGCCUGGACUCUGUACUUGAGUGGCCGAUAUUUCCCAAGCCGGUACCCUUUGCGAUAGACCCAUUCAGCCAUGCCUCCCCACGAGGCGAAGUGUUCUCCCCUAGAUCACCGCCAGCCAUGGAGUUCUACGAACUAUCCAGACUGAUAGAUUUAUUCUUGGCUAAUGUCCAUCCUAUGAAUCCUGUUAUCGACGCGUCUAUGCUUCGUCAAAUGCUGAAGCAGGUAGCUGAAAACGGUCCUGACUGGUCGGCUGCCACGUGCCUCGUCGCGCUUACAUGUGCCCUUGGAGCUAUAUCCCAGAGACCAGGACAACGGACACCAAGUGGAACACCUCGCGGUUACUCUGUGGAACCUAACCGUCACCUUGCGUCUAGGUAUUGGUCCGUUGCGGAAAAGCGACUGGGCUUUUCUAUGGGUCAGCCAGGGUGGGAGUCUGUACAAUGUCUUUGCCUUGCAGGGAUAUGGCACAUGUACAACAUGGAUCCCUUACAAGCAUGGAAAUGUUUCAGUAUGGCGAGCAACACAUGGUAUACUACUGCGCUCACUGCCAAGCUAAUCCCCACAUCAAGGAUGACAAUGCCCGCCGGAAAAGCUGAGACACCGGAAUACCCCCAGUCAUUAUCAAUAGAACAGACUUUGUACUUCACGUGCUUCAACGAGCUCGCUUUCGAACUUUCACUUCCUGGCUCAAUUUUGGCUGGAGUGGACUAUCCGUACAGUUUUCCUUCCCCACCGACGCUGGGGGUGAUGAAUCUUGAAAACAAAACGCUCAUGAUGGAGCAGAGAUCCUGGUAUUACUAUAUUGCCGAGAUCUCCGCGAGGCGUCUUAUGAAUCGCAUCGUACAUGCCCAAAAGCGCACCCCGCCACACCCCACAGAGCAUGGUAUUGAUCGGAUGCUCGAAGUCUUCGAGGUUUUUGAUGCCCAGCUGACCGACUGGUACGAAUCAUUGCCCCCACCGAUAUCUUUUCAAAUCCCCAAUGGAGAUGUUUCCCCACUAGCAGAUGACAUUUGCCAAAUGCUCCGUGGCAGAUACCUUGUUAUGAGAGAACUGUUGUGCCGGCCUUUUGUGCAGCUUGCAUCAACUAUAUCAAUUGGCAUCACUGUAUCGGAACACAUGGUCACAAGAGUUGCGGAAAUAGCCUCUAGAGGCUUGCAGUACUGUUUACUUAGAAUCCAGGCUGUAUCUUCAACGCCUCAUCAUGGGCUUUGGCUGCAGUUAAGAGGUUUCGUCACUUGCUCUUUAAUCUUAACAGCAGCGGAACGAGCCCAAACCGUACCAUCCUUAAACAUGCCAUCAAGGAUGGUUUAUCCUCAAAACUGGAAAAGAUCAAUCUUGGCACAGAAGGAGAUUUUGUCAAACUGCUGGGAAUAUGAGGAGGGAGGCAUAAGUGACUGCGCCAGGGUCCUAGACUGGGCACUUGCCAAGUUCUCCGUAUAG